UUGCCUUUCAGCUCUGCCGUUCUCUCAUCUUAUCUCUACCACACUCUCGCAUUCAGGCCAGACGGAGGCAACGGCUGUCCUGUGGCAGAGCAUGAGUCCGAUAGAGAAGAGCGCGAAAUGUUCUCCAGCUCCCCUGACAGCUUCAGUCUACUGGGACCGGUGAGCAAGGCAACCGCCAUGCCUCGGACCGACAGCUCAUUGUACACCCACUUUGAGGGCGACUUUCGAGGCGGACUUGCAGAAGCUAUGAUCGAAGCCUUGCCAAUGACGACAGCCUCGAAGGAGUCAGAAGACGUUACGGUGAAGCAUGAGUCGGAGACAUGCGAGCUGCAGCAGACGCUUGCCGUACUCCAAGUUGCUGGGUCAACAGGACUUUCGAAAGUGGAAUCAUCGUCUUCUUCAGAUGAGGCUGUAUUAGUGGCCACAAGAAGGUUAUCGGCUACCUCACCUCCAGAA